GCGCCAAAGCAGAGAUUGCAUGUUAUGAGCACAUGAGUCCAGGAAACUCGGACACAACAAGGACAGGCAUUCCAACAACCUCAGCCCCAAUCACAGUCACAAAGGAGUCAACAAAGAUAUCAACCAACUUGGUCACAACCACAUACUUCUCAACAACAAUAUCCAUCCAUAAUCACAGAUGUACCAAUGACAGGCACAACCAAUACCUCCAUACCAAUCUACCUAAUAUUUCUACUCUACUCAGCCGACUCAAGUUCCCACACAACCCCUUCUAACGUACGUGCCCGCUGGAGCCCCAUCUCAGGAGCAUGCUACUAGACGGGUUUAUGCAAUGACUAAUGAGGAUGCAUGACGAGCUGAUGGAUCAAUUAUCAAAGUUUUAGGUAGAACGUGUUCCACGCAUUCACCUCCUCUCCUUCUUGGCCAAGGACCUUCCUCUCCUCACUGUGGCUAUCUCCUCUCUACCACCCUUCUAGACAAUCUCUACUUCACGACCUACUUAGGUUCAAAGGCCUGAGGUCGCUGCUUAACUGAUCUCAUUGCCCUUGCUCAUCUAUCUUGGCGAUAAAAUGAUAUCUGCAAUUAGUUGGGUACCAAAGGGAGCUUCUAAGGUCUCCCCGGUGGAGGUUGAACCACCCUCCAUAGAAGAAAUUGAGGAGAUUUUGAGCACAGGAGCAUUGGAAAAAGGUGGAGACAGUGAUGUCGAGGAAGGAGAGGAUAUGGAUGUCGAUGCUUCCAUAGAAGAAGAUGAGGUAGUGCAUGCAUUGGCUGCAGCUAAAGCUUUGUCUAACAAAGCGGAUAAGAGUUCUAGUUGUUUCCCUGAUAUAGCUGAUAGCCUUCGAGAACUUGACAUGGAUCACUAUGAUGAUGAGGAUGAUGGAAUUGAGCUAUUUAGUACUGGUCUAGGCAACAGUUACUAUCCGAGUAAUGAUAUGGACCCUUAUCUGAAGAACAAGGAUGAUGAUGACGAUGACGAAGACGACGAUGAGAUAGAAGAUAUGACCAUAGAACCAACUGAUGCAGUUAUAGUCUGUGCAAGAAAUGAAGAUGAAGUCAGUCAUCUUGAGGUUUGGAUUUUUGAAGAAUCGGAGGAUGGAGAUUCAAACAUGUAUGUUCAUCAUGACAUAAUCCUUGCAGAUUUUCCCCUCUGCACGGCAUGGUUAGAUUGUGGCCGUAAAGGUGAUGAGAAAGGCAAUUUCAUAGCUGUUGGCUCCAUGGAGCCUGCUAUUGAGAUAUGGGACCUUGAUCUUGUUGAUGAAGUUCAACCUUUUAUGGUCCUAGGGGGUGUCUCGAGAAAGAAGAAAACAGGGAAAAAGACCUCCGUCAAAUACAAAAAAAAUAGUCAUAGGGACUCUGUACUUGGGCUUGCAUGGAAUAAGGAAGUGAGGAAUGUUCUAGCUAGUGCAAGUGCAGACAAAACUGUGAAGAUAUGGGAUGUAGUUACUGGCAAAUGUGCUGUAACUGUUGAGCAUCAUAAAGACAAGGUCCAAGCAGUUGCAUGGAGUCGACAUUCUCCUGAAAUACUUAUCAGUGGUUCUUUUGAUCCAUCAGUUGCUGUGAUGGAUAUGAGAUCAAGUUCUCAAGUCUGCAACGAAUGGUCUGUCACAUCUGAUGUUGAAAGUUUAGCAUGGAACCCACACUCAGAGAACACAUUUGUGGCGAGUCUUAAUGAUGGUACUGUUCAAGGUUUCGACAUCCGGGCUUUGUCAGACUCCAGCUCCAGCGCCAGCUCUAGUUCCAAACCAACUUUCACACUUAAGGCUCAUGAUAAAACUGUUACUUCAAUCUGCUUCAACCCUGCAGCUCCAAAUUUCCUCGCUACAGGUUCAACAGAUAAAACGGUGAAAUUGUGGGACGUGUCAAACAAUCAACCAUCAUGCAUUGUAUCUCAGAAAUUCAAGGCGGGUGCAAUAUUCUCUAUAGCCUUUUCAGAUGAUUGCCCUUUCUUGUUAGCUAUUGGAGGUUCUAAAGGGAAAUUGGAAGUGUGGGACACCCUAACUGAACCAAAAAUUGCCAAUAGAUAUGGCAAGAGAGGUGAUGGAAGUAAUCCAGCACCAUCAUCAGAUUGAGCUUUGACGUGUUCAUUUUUGAGCUUUAAAAUGUGAGGAUGUUUUGAGUAGACUUUUUUUUGCCCCCCUUUUCCUUACUAUUUUAAAUCUGUCACCUUAACAAUUAAGAAGAUCCAAAUUUUAUUUUAAAUUUUUGUCGAA